AGCCGGCUCUUCAUUUCUCCGCAGCUCACGUAACCCUGGUGUUGGUGUUUCCUCAGACCUGCGUUCAUCAGCGCCUUCACAGCAUCCUGGCUAUUCAGGACGUCCCUACAUGCGAAAUGCAUUUUCCAUGAAGCCCAUUGAUCGUACAGUGGCGCAUCAUUGGUCCAUUCAUUAGAGGGUGGAAAAAAGGAAGUUGGAGUUGGAGGAAGGACAGCCAAGCUUCCCUCUGAUAAAGUUCUCUAAACCCAAAAGAUGUCAACACAGACUAUCGAUAAGGCAGGAAGAGGAACCAAAACCUCUAAAACCUCAAAGGAUCACAAAAAGCCCACACCAGAGGCCCUAAAAGGAGCCAUCCAGCUGGGCAUCGGUUAUGCUGUUGGAAACCUCAGCUCCAAACCAGACAGAGAUGUUCUCAUGCAGGACUUUUCAGUGGUGGAAACCGUCUUCUUGCCCAGUGAAGGCAGCAACAUGACCCCAGCGCAUCACUUCCCAGAUUUCCGUCUGAAAACGUACGCCCCGCUGGCUUUUCGCUACUUCAGGGAGCUCUUUGGGAUCAAGCCAGACGACUAUCUGUACUCCAUCUGCAAGGAGCCACUGAUAGAGCUCUCCAACCCUGGAGCCAGCAGUUCCUGGUUCUACCUCACCAGCGACGAUGAGUUCAUCAUAAAGACGGUGCAGCACAAAGAGGCGGAGUUUCUGCAGAAGCUACUUCCUGGUUACUACAUGAAUCUGAAUCAGAACCCGAGGACGUUGUUGCCCAAGUUUUACGGCCUUUACUGCAUCCAGUGCGGCGGCGUCACGGUGCGAGUGGUGGUGAUGAACAAUGUUCUGCCACGAGCCAUGAAGAUGCACUUCAAGUACGACCUGAAGGGCUCCUCAUACAAACGCCGCGCGUCACGUAAAGAGCGCGUGAAGAACUCACCCACCUACAAAGACCUGGACUUCCAGGAGAUGCACCAGGACGGCCUGUACUUUGACCCAGACACCUACAGUGCUUUGAUUAAGACCCUGCAAAGAGACUGCCGGGUACUUGAGAGCUUCAAGAUCAUGGACUACAGUCUUCUGUUGGGGAUUCACGUGUUGGACAGGAAGCCACUGAGCAGAGGAAACAGAUGUGACAGCAGAAGAGGACAGAAAGUACUUUACUCCACCGCCCUCGAGUCCAUCCAGGGGAAUGUGAAGGACCCAGAACCGGUGGCAGAUGAUGACACACUGGGUGGAAUUCCUGCAAAACACAAAGAUGAGAACCUGCUCAUCUUUUUAGGAAUCAUUGAUAUCCUUCAGUCGUACAGGUUCAUUAAGAAGGUGGAACACUCCUGGAAGGCUCUUGUACACGACGGGGACACGGUGUCAGUCCACAGGCCAUGUUUCUACGCAGAUAGGUUUUUAAAAUUCAUGAGCACAACCGUAUUCAGAAAGCUUCAUCCUUUAAGAGGAGCAUCUUCAAAAAGGAAAAGGAGUUCCCUCCAUGCAGGAAAGGCAUCUUCUCAGGAGUUUCUGUCCACGCAGAGGGAGAAGAAGGAGGAGAAGAGGGCCCAAAGCAUGGAUAACCUGGAUGGAAACUUUUACAGUUCCUCCAAACAACCAGAUCUUCUUCCCAAAUCUGCUCUUACCGAGUCCAUCCAAAACGAUGAAGAGGACGCUGAGAACAGUGAAGAUCGGCGGGACUCCAGUUCAACUUUGGCUCUGGAUGACCCGCUGCCGUCCCUCAGCAGAAGCCAGUCAGACUCCGAGCUGGACGUUUAUUUGCCUCACACAGACUCACCCAGGCGACCCAGCUGGAGCUGAUCACUCGUUUGUGUUGCAGUGUCCGUAAAAAUUGAGGAGGCACCUAUAUUUCCGUCUGACAACAUGGAGAUAUCUUUUAAAAGACUACAAGCAGCAACAUGCUGGAUCUUGCUCUGUGCCUCUCUCUCUCGUCCUGAUUUUCUGCGUCACCAUCAGUUCGCCAAAUCACUGUAAACCGCAUUGUUCUACUAUUAAUAGAAGUGGUUGGAGUUUGUGUGUGUGUGGUUUCAGAAACGCUGUGCUGACAAAAAAGAAA